AUGUUACGCAAUCGCAGUAAAGUCCUUAAGACCAGGGUUACCUGUUCUAGCUGCAAUAGAUCGUACUGUCCGCAAUGUGUAGGCAAAUCUGUCCACGAAGUGAGACAGACAAACCAAGUUGCUGACACAAUUUGGUUUUGCCCAACAUGUCAAGUCAUUCCAGUUGUCAACUGUUUAUCUUUGCUCAUGAAAAAGUGCGAUAGGAUGACUGAGAUAAUCGUACAUUUUGUAAAUACUAAGAUCGAUCACCCAGAGGUAAAUAUAGCCACGAUAAUGCCUCACCCAGCCAAAGUAAGCUCCGAAUCUAAGCCGAAAAAGAGAGCUAGACGCUCCAACGGCACUGCAGCAUCUGUGACUCUAACUCCACUGGGUCACCUCACUCCCAUAAGUGGACAAGCCUCAAACAUGCCUGCUUCCACUUCUCCACCCAUAGACGCUUCACUUGGAGAUUCAGAGAUGACACCGACAGCUCAGAGCCGAAGGCAAUCCGGUGCAGAAAACAAGCAGGUAACGUACGCAUCGAUUGCCACGACAAACACACCGGGAGCGACACACAUAGGUCCAUCUUCAGUACCGAGCACGCGUGGCGCAAAGCAGCUUUCACCGUCAACUCCAGUGGUGCCUUCUAAACAACCCAAAUUGCCGGCAAAA